UAUUUUCAAUUUUACCAUUACUGGUAGGAUUGUAAGAGGGCGAAGACUAGAAACUAGAAAGCAUUUUGAUGCGAGUUCUAAUUCCCCUUUUUUAACAGUUGCGCAAGCUGCUACAGCAUAGUUGUGAAGAACCUUCUCUUUAAACACAAUUCAGAUUCAUAACCCACCCGUUCUCUCUCUCUCUCUCUCUCAAACGAUAAACAAUCAGAUUUGCUUCUCUCUUGCCGAUGAUGUUUUUGCAAAUUUGCCUUACAUGUGAAAAGUGACUGGAUAAGGGGAUGAGCACAAAGCUUGAUGUAGCAUCUGCUGCCGAAAGUCCCAAGAUGUCUGCAGCACCUUCUAGUGGCCAAAAGCUCUCUUUAUUUGCUGCAAAAUCUGGUUUUGUCAUCCCCAAAAACAAAUUAUCAGGUUCACUGGUUCCUGUUUUCCGAGGGACUAAAAAGGAUGGGAUCACUGGAGCUAUCAAUGAAGAAACUUCAAAACAAAUUGUGAGGAAAACAAAAUGGGGACCGGAUCUGGCACAGGAUGCAGCUGUGAAGAAGGCAAAGGCUUUAGCUUUACAGAUUCGAGUAGAUCAAAUUACAAAGCAAUUGGACUCAGAAAGACUGGAGGUCGGGAGUCCUCAGAACUCAUCACUACGGUCACAAUAUCGAGAUCAAAGCAACUAUGACCCAGCAAUUAAUAGCAAGAAGUCAGAAAUGCUCGAAUUUGAAAAGCGGGAAGCAAUAGGUGAAAUACUAAAACUAGAUCCUAAUUACAAGCCUCCUCCUGGUUUUAAGCCAUUGUUGAAAGAGGCCAGCAUUUCUUUGCCUGUCCUAGAGUAUCCUGGGUACAAUUUUAUUGGUCUUAUAUAUGGGCCUGAAGGUGAUAAUCAAAAGCAACUCGAAAAGGAAACUGGUGCCAAGAUUAAAGUACAUGGAACCAAAGCAGACACUGGAGAGAAAGGUGAAAUUAAGCCAGGAACUGAUAUCACAUGCAGUUACAAAGAGAUGCAUGUCAAUAUAUCAGCUGAUAGUUUUGAUAAAGUGGAUGCAGCAGUGUCCAUCAUUGAACUACUAAUUUCCUCUGUAGCUGGGAAUUUAGUUUCUGGUUCCACACCCUCUGUAUCUGGGGAUGGCACUAAUGUUCUGAGUCAAACCCAAGAUGGGCUACCUUCUGGUCCAGUCUCUAUGGGUCUGGAAAAUCAGGCUGCAGCACAAGCAAUAGCUGGCACACAAAUGCAUGGAAAUCACCUUCAAUACUCCAGUCCAUGGUUUUCGGCAGUUCCGUCUCAUAACCCUGUAAUUGCUUCUGAUAAUAUGCCCCCACAAAAUCCAUCAGAUCUUGCUAGAACUCCCAAUUUUCAGUCACAAACAAUGAAUCCUUCAAACAUGCCUUCAGCCUUUGGUUUUCAACCUGUACCUUUCGCUGGAUUCCACCUGGCUAUUCCAAAUCAACAAUCUUCUGUGCAAGGACUACCUCCUAGACAGAUUUUACAGCAUUCACAGAUGACAAGUUCCCUGGGUCACGUUGGACCCCCAAGAAAUCCAUCAAUGAUAUCUGUACAAAAUUGUUCCGCUCCUACAAAUGUUUCAAUGUCAUUUCCGGUUACUUUAAGCCAAUCGGUACAAGUAGGACAACUCCAGACAUCAGGGUCUUCAAUGCCUCGGCCUCUAUCUGGUAUGUCUCCUUUAACGGUGCCUAACCGCCCAUUUAUCCCUCCCAACAACACUUCUGGACAGAAUGGAGUCACUAUUAAAAUGUCUUCAGAUCUGAACAGUAUGGGGCCAAUGGCUCCACCCCCAAGACCUCUAUCUGUACAUCCACAACCUGAUGUUGCGUAUAGGCCACUACAAUCAAAUAUGUCAAUGAUGCCUCGACCUGCUGCUUUUCCACCACAGCAAUCAGGAACUUCCCCUGGACUGCCAUCAUCUUUGGGAGCAAUGGUUCCCCCAGUACCCGCAACUACUCAUUCAUCUGCAAACCAUUUAUCUCGACCUCUUUCAUUUCCUUCACCAGGAAUGGCUCCUUCAGGUCCAUUACCGCAGCAAUCAGGAACGCCUAAUUCUGCAUCUGGAGUUUCCUCUUAUCACACCCAUGUAAAGCCACCAGUCUUGAUGCCCUCAACUUCAGGAAAUUUCACUUUUCAAUCACAGCGGCCCAGUGCAGAUAGUCAAGUGAUUUCCGGACCGAACAGUCAAGCUACUAUACAGGGUGGUAUAUUUGGUGCCCCUGAUAAAGCUUUUCAAGUCUUUCCAAGGACGCAAGUUCCCAACCAGAUGGAUCAAACUCAAGCUCAUGCAUCCGCUGUCCCCUUUGGCGGAAGAUCUGGUCUGGUCCCUAUUCCACCUAGACAAGCUGCAUUCCCAUAUGCUGGUCAACCUGGUCCUAGAUCUCCAGUCCCACAAAUGGGUAUGAGGAACUUAAUUUCUCCUCAAAUGCCCAAUUUUCCCACUGCUGGUGGUGUACCAAGAAGUGCGCACAUCCAGCAAAAUUAUCCUGCUCCGAGAACAUGGGCAGGUAUACCCAUGCCCCCAAAUCAUAAAUUUGGUAAUCCCUCCAUUGCUUCUGGUAAGCGGGCAUAUCCUGCAGACCAGAUUUAUGAUCCUUUUUCACCUACUUCAAUUGCACCUCCACGGCAGAAAGGUAAUCCUGGAAAAUAACACAAUUUGUUAGGGCUACAGAUUAUAUUGACAGUGAAAAUUUAGGCUGUGUUUGGAUUAUGUUUGAGACAGAAAUACAGAUACAAUAUAUCAGAAAACUUGUUUGGUUGCGAAAGAAACAACUUUUCUGUACUUGCUAAAACUGGGGACAUAAAUAUGUCUCGUUAUCUCUAUCUGAGAGUCAGUAUCCGAGCACAGCCUAAUUAGGGUGCAGUAGUUGGUGGACAGAUCUGAUGUUGAUUACAUUGGUUAGUGAAGGUAUAAUAGUCGUUAUUAAUUCCUGAGUAAGAAGAUAGAUCAAAAUCUUAACAGAUUGUAACCAAUAUCAUCCUUUUUACUUUAUCAUUUCCUUCGGAUUUUUCCUAUCAACUACGUUGCACUAAAGCUCGAUUUGAUUGGCAGUAACUAAA